GACGAAUUCUUGCUUUAUGAUUUAAUUUCAUAAUGGUUCUUUCCGUUCUAGGUAUUAUUGUGAUUACUGCGACACUUACUUAACACAUGACUCGCCGUCAGUCCGGAAGACACACAAUGGUGGCCGAAAACACAAGGAAAAUGUGAGGUUUUAUUACACGAAGUGGAUGGAAGAACAGGCACAGAGUUUGAUUGAUCAGACAACUGCUGCUUAUCAAGCUGGUACUGCCAUUCCACCCCCACAAGUUGCACACCUACCACCCCCUGGAAUGAUGCCGCCUCCACCUCCUGGAAUGAUGCCACCACCAGGAGCCUUACCACCCCCUGGAGCUUUACCAUUUCCAAUACCACCCCCUGGGGCAAUGCCACCACCAGCAGGUAUUAGACCACCACCUGGGGGACCACCACAUGGGGCACCACCAGGAAGAAUGCCAGGGCCACCAGGAGGAGGGAAUCAGCCAAGGCCAGUUGUAGGAAAAUCUUAAUGACAAUUCUGUUUAGGGAAUAAAUUGUUAUUUACUUUGUUAUUGACUAGUUAUGCAAUGAACUUUAUCAAAAGAGGUUGUCCAGACAAUUCAGAUGAAGACUUGUUUUGCAAGGGAGACAUUUUGACAUUAAGACAUUAAGACAUUGAUGUUAACUUAAAGUGUACAGAGGUGAACCUGUUGAAGGAACCGAACAAAAUGUUUUUCCUGAGUCUCUAAGACAUGAAUUUGCAAAGGUGUGCAUUAAAUUUAUAUUUUUAAGUUUACAUCUUAACUCUCUCUAAGAAUAGCUUUCCUUCUGAUGUAAGCCUGAGCAAAAAAAAACUGUAUACAUGGACAGCAAGGUGCUCUUGCUUGGAACUCUAGCUUAAGACACCAAUACCAUCUAGAUGAAACAGUAUGUCCUUGCUUAUACUGAGAAACCAGCCCUAAGUUCACUUCCAGAUCACAGCUGCAGAUAUGGUCAGUUAGUUCAUUUUUUUCCCAGUUAUACACAAAAUAAAAAAAAAAUUCAUACUUCUGCAAUGAGAUUUUAAACUUAACUACAGUUUAUUUGCCAAUAAAACUACAGUAAAACUCAUUGUCA